AUGUUAUUCUCUCUCGCUCUUGUCUCGUCGCUUUCAAACGAAUAUAGGGGGGUAAACUCUGGGAUUUUAGCGCACGCGGAAAAGCUCUCGAACGAUUUCGACGCGUACGUGGUCGUGCCUGAUUUGUACAAAGGGAAAAUUGGGGUGGACAAAGAGGAAGCGAGUCAUUUAAUGAACGAGAUGGAUUUCAUGAACGCGGCGAAGGAGAUCGGGGAAGUCGCCAAGUACAUGAAAGAGACGAAGAAUGUAGAAAAAGUGGGGACGAUUGGGUUUUGUAUGGGAGGGGCGUUGAGUUUGCUCGGAGGGUGCACGAGUGACGACGUGGAUGCGUGCGUGGUGUUUUACGGCGUUCCGAGCGGAUUCGACGUCGAAGCGAACGUGAAGAAACCGGUUUUGGCAAACUUUGGCGAGUUGGAUAAUUUGGAAGGGUUUUCGAGCAAAAAAGACGCGACGGAGUUGGAGGAGAAGUUGAAGAAAUGUCCAGCGUCGGGCGAUUGUGAGGUUAUUUUGUAUCCAGGCGUCGGGCACGCGUUUAUGAACGCCAAGCCAGAUCCGUACGAGUCGUUCGAGGCGAGAGAGAAGUCGCAAGGGUUCGCGCCGUACGACGAAACCCAAGCGAACGAGGCGUGGAAGAACGUGAAGACAUUUUUUGAGAAGUAUGUGUGA